UAUUAACUUGUUCAAAAACUAUCUGGAGUUGUCAAGGCUCAGAAGGACGCAGGCGAAAAGUACAGUGUGUUGAUGCUUUUUGGGAGAAGCGACGGGAGAAGUUUUGUGGACUCGACAUAGCAGGAGCCCACCGGGAGAAGACUCACGCUCACAGACACACACUCGCAGAGAGACUCCACUGAGUGGGAGAGUGUGGGAGACGCGGCUCGGUGCUUGUUGUUUUUUUCCAGAGAAAAAGUUCCAGAGAGAAAUCGACAGGUAACUUGUGGCAGCAGCAGCAGCAGCUCCUCAUCCUCCUCUUCCUCCUCAUCCUCAGCGUCCUGCCUCUGGCGUGUGGAGUUUGUCUCUGUGUGGGUUGUUUCUCUCCUCCGCACGGGAGCUCCACCUGAAAAGCUGUUCCUGAUGUAUAACAUGAUGGAGACCGAACUGAAGCCCCCUGCUCCCCAGACCAACACGGGGGGCCCGGGCAACACCAACACGUCCGGCUCUGGCCCCAACGCGAAGAACAGUCCGGAGCGCGUAAAGAGACCCAUGAACGCGUUCAUGGUGUGGUCCCGAGGCCAGAGGAGGAAGAUGGCCCAGGAGAACCCCAAAAUGCACAACUCGGAGAUAAGCAAGAGGCUUGGCGCAGAGUGGAAACUUCUGUCCGAGAGCGAGAAGAGACCUUUCAUCGACGAAGCCAAGAGGCUGCGGGCCCUGCACAUGAAGGAGCAUCCGGAUUACAAAUACCGGCCACGGAGGAAAACCAAGACCCUCAUGAAGAAGGACAAGUACACCUUGCCCGGCGGGCUGCUGGCUCCGGGAGGCAACGGGAUGGGGUCUGGGGUCGGGGUGGGCUCGGGUCUGGGCGGCGGCGUGAACCAGCGGAUGGACAGCUACGCGGCGCACAUGAACGGCUGGACCAACGGCGGCUACGGCAUGAUGCAGGACCAGCUGAGCUACCAGCACCCGGGGCUGAACGCGCACAACGCGGGCCAGAUGCAGUCCAUGCACCGCUACGACAUGAGCGCCCUGCAGUACAACACCAUGGCCAGCUCCCAGAGCUACAUGAACGGCUCCCCGACCUACUCCAUGUCCUACUCCCAGCAGUCCACGCCGGGGAUGACCAGCCUGGGCUCCAUGGGGCCCUCCUCGGUGGUGAAGUCCGAAUCCAGCAGCUCCAGCCCGCCCGUCGUCACCUCGUCGUCCCACCGGGCCGCUCCGGGCUGCCAAAGCGGGGACCUGAGGGACAUGAUCAGCAUGUACCUGCCCGGGGCGGAGGUCAGCGAGCAGAGCGCCCAGACCCGGCUACACAUGUCCGGGCACUACCAGAGCGCCGUGCCCGGGACGACGAUCAACGGCACGCUGCCGUUAACACACAUGUAAGAGACACAGCCCAGAGAGAAGCGAGAGAGAGAGAGAGUCAGAGAGAGAGAGAGAGAAAGAGAGAGAGAGAGAGAGAGAAAUGAACUUUUAUAAGAGAAACUGUGGACUACUUAACGUUGGACUAUUUUUGUACAGAAAAAUUUCGGGGUGGGAAAAAGUUGUAUAGAAGUUCUCCGGGAAAAAAAGGACACACGACUCUUUUUUCUUUUCUUGCAUUUGAUUGAGAGGAAGCUCCAGAGGAGAACAUCCCCCUGUUCGCUGGAGGAUGAAGUUUGGAAAGACGAGACAGUGGGAGUCGCAAUCAAAUGUUUUAUUAUUGCAAUCACCUUUUGUACAGUAUUUAUCAAAGACACAUUACAAUCAGAUGAAAUUGUUUGCUAAACUGCAAGAGGUUGCAUUUUUUCCUUUCUGUUUUUUUAUAUAUACAUAUUUAUAUAUAUAUAUAUAUAUAUAUAUAUAUAUAUAUAUAUAUAUAUAUAUAUAUAUAUAAAUCAACAGCCGUUCUGCAGAAAAAUAUGAAACGUGAAAAAUGUCAGAGCUGGAAACACAGGGGAGCGAUCAGUUAUGCUCCUGUAUUACUGAAAAUCAUUGGAAAGAAAAGGGACGAAGCAGGUAACACUGUUUUUUAUUUUUCAUUUAAGGUCAAUGUUACUAAAACAUUUUAAUUUCUUUAUAAAAAAAAAGAUAAGACACUUUUUUCUCUCAUACAGCUUAAAAUCUAGGUUGUUAAUUUAUAUUUCCGUCUCCCAUUUUUCAUCUGUUAGAGGUAUGACGCUUGUGCUCUUUAUUUCCUAAUUGAUUUGUACAAUUUCUGUAUAUUUACUGUGAUAUUUUAAGUUUUUAUUUCAAAAUUCAUUCCCGUAGUUGUAUUUUAAAAAUUGUGGCCUGUACGCAUAAGCCAACCACUCCAUGUAUAUAUACCGGAAACUAAUACCAUCCUUAUAACAGUUACACUUUCAGCUGAGUAUAUUUUUUUUUUCAAUAUGCAGUUUGAAAUGAAUAAAUUUUGGA